AUGUCCACCUCAAGAAUCGUCCAGCUCGCGCAACUCAUCAGCUCUCAAACCGCUGCUAUCGAUGCGCAUCUCCAAAGCAACAACCUUCCGGAGCCUUCCUUCAAACAGGAUGGCCCAACCGAGCCCAUUCAGCAUGAAACAGCAGAUAUUCAAAAAGCUAAAACGGACUCCAAUUUCUCACCCCUGGUAGCUGUAUAUCGCUUCAAGAUUGCCUCUCAUGUCCCCAUAGACUCAACUAUUUCCUUCCAAGACCUAGCUAAUAAGUGCGGUCUACGCGAGCAUGAUGUAAAACGAAUAAUCCGCUACACGAGUGUACACCACCGCGUAUUCUUCGAGCCAACAAAGGGCUUCGUGGCGCAUACAGCAGCGUCGAAACUCAUGGCUGAGAAUCCCGUGGCAGGCCAUCUCUUGGGUCUGACGUUUGACGAAUGCUGGCCGGCGCAUAACAAGGCCGUUGAUGCUAUAGCACAACAAAGCGAGGAAGCCAACGUAUCCGGCUACGCACUUGCCAACAACACCUCGCUAGACACAUUUCAAUACCUGUCCGAAAACAAAGACCGCGCAACCCGUUUCGCAUUCGCCAUGGCAACAACUUCAAAAGCCAGCCUCGACGCUCUGAGCACACAUUUCCCAUGGUCCGAUUUACCCGCGAACAGUACCGUGGUUGAUGUCGGAGGGUCAAAGGGUCAUGUCUCAAUUCAUCUAUCUCGAUCAUUUCCUGACUUGCAGUUCAUUGUACAGGAUUUGCCCGAAGUUAUUGACGGUGCUGUCAAAUCCUUACCUGACGACGUAUCUCCGGGACGCGUCCAGUUUGUAGCUCAUGAUAUGUUUGAAGAGCAGCCGCUCAAGGGGGCAGAUGUAUACUUGCUACGAUAUGUAUUGCACGACUGGGGUGACAAGUAUUGCAUCGAGAUUCUUCGCAAGUUGGUUCCUAGUUUGAAACCUGGGGCAAGGGUUGUUAUUCAGGAUCAUCUCUUGCCGGAGCCUGGGACAAUGACGUUGUUGCAGGAGAUGCAGAUGCGAUCCAUGGAUGCGAUUAUGAUGUCCCUCUUCAAUUCUAGGGAGCGCGAAGUUGACGAGUGGAAGGAAUUGUUUAAGGUUGCCGACGAGAGGUUUGGGCCAGUCAUCGUGAACAGAAUCGGGGAGAAUGGAUCGAGCGGGGUUAUUUCUGCACAGUGGAUGGAAUAA